GCUGCCACAGGCUUUUCCAGAGAGUAUGGAAAAGCCGUCUAAUGCAACCGAUGCGAGUGUAGAUGAGGCGCUAGUCAAAAAGGCGAAUGGGGAGGGUAAGUCUGAAGAUCGGCAGGUGGAGGAGAACGCCGUAGUUGAGGGGCCGCCAUUGGCGCCCGGCCAUCAAGAUUCUGGCCAGAGUGCGACGGAUAUCAACAAGCAUCAUGAUAAUAAAUCUAGGAGGUCGUCUAGUAGAUAUCCGAGUUCUGAGCGCGAGAAUAGGAGCCGUAAGCGCACGUAGUGCACAUCGAUCUAGAAGUAGAGAAAGGAAAAGGAGGACAUACUCACCGGAGCGGUGGUCUAGAUCGCGCUCGCGCUCUCCGUAUCACUACAGACACCGUCGGUCGCGAUAUGACGACUACCCCCCGAGAGGCCGAAGAGAGGGCGACCACGAGAAGUACCACAGACAGAGAAGACAUCGAAAGUCCUCUUCCAGAUCCGUGAGCGCAAGCCCGCGCAGGCGUAGAGACGGAAGCAAAGAAAGAGAUGAAAAGGACCAGCGAUAUGCGGUGCUGUCGGCUGAGAGGGCGAUGAGGACGGUUUUUAUCAAGGACUUGCCUAGCAGGAGCACGGGGAGCGCGACAUAGAAGAGUGGUUCGAGAGGGCGAACGCACCGGUGAGAGAUGUGCAGCUGGUGUUUGAUCGCCACCGAAAGUUCAAGGGGAUUGGCUACGUGGAGUUUUACCAGAAGGCGAGCGUGCCGCUGGCGCUGAAGUUGUCGGGGUCUGACUUUUACGGCAGAAAGAUCAUAAUUGAGAGCUCUGAGGCGGAGAGAAAUUUGGAGUCGGUGAAGGAGACAAUGACUAGCAGCCAGCCGUCGUCGGUGAGCGAGAAGCAGAGCGCAUCUGCGUCGAAGCAGCCCGUGCGUUUGUACGUGGGUAAUUUAGAUUAUGCGAUAACAGAAGAGAUGGUGCGCGAAUUGUUCAGUCAGUUUGGUCAGCUAGAUAUGUGUAAGCUGCAGACGGAGGCGAAUGGACAGAGCAAGGGAAGGGCGUUUAUACAAUACAACAAUAGAGAAAAUGCGUUAGCUGCGUUUUAUUAUUUGAACCAGAAAGAAGUUGCGGGGCGAACGUUGCGUGUGGAUUUCACUCGGGAUUCCAGAGCGAAGGACCACACGCUGCCAUGCGUAAAUACCGGUGGUCAGCCUCCAUCUACGGAGUCCCAGAAGGCGGGGAUGAGCAGCGAGCCGUAUGAGUCGGUGGGAGAUUUAGACGACGAGGGCGUCAAGCUGACAAGGCAGACUCGAUAUUUCUUGAUGCAGAGCUUAGCGGGCAUUUCGCAGUCAUCUGAGGCGGAUGGUCGUCGCGCGGACCAGCCGUCGGAGUCUUCGAACAGUGCGACAAGUUAUCCCGUUUCGCACGUAUCUCCAAGAAUCAACUUGCCUAGUCCGGGCACUCCGACGGCCUGCGUCUGCUUGAAGAACAUGUUCGAUCCUUCGGUCGAGCGAGAUCCUCAGUUCGAUUUGGAAAUAGAGGAGGACGUCAGAGAAGUGGCAGAGGCGCACGGGCGAGUCGUGCACUUGCACGUCGACAAGACUUCAUUCGUACGUGUGUGGAUGUGUGCAAGAGGCUACGGAAUUUCCUCGCUGACCCGUUUUUUUUUGCGCACGCUGUCCCAGGGGGACGUGUACCUGAGGAUGGAGGGAGUAGAGGCGAUGAAGAACGUCGUGAAAGACGUCCACGGGAGGUUUUUCGCGGGGAGGCUCGUGCGCGCGGAGUACCUGGCGCCGGACGUCUACACUGGUAAGUUCCCCUCUGAUGGGUGCUCGGCGUAGCGCCCGUUUUUGCUCGGGGGGGUGCGUUUGCGGAGAAGGGGAGAGGUGUAUGCAAAGUAGAGGUACAGAAGUGCGCGCGUUUAUUUUUUGUGGGAGCGCCGCCUCUGGUGAGAGGGAGAAAGGGGGGGCGGAGGAAGGUAGAAAUGAAAAAAAACUUUGCAC